GCCAUGGCCGCGACCGGAGCAGCGCUUCGGCUACGCCUCCUGUUCCGGAUGCUGCGUGUGGGCGAGCUCCUCGCGCUGCUGGCGCUCCUGUCCUGGUCCUCGUCCCGCGCGCCGUCGGCCGCCGCGGCCGCGGUGCGCGUGGCCGGCAGCCUCCUCUUCAGCCCGCGAUUCGUGUUCGUCCUCGGCAACACCAUCGUGCUGCUCUUGCUGGCGCUCUCCAGGCGCGAGCGCGAGUCGUCACCGGUCUCCUCCGCCACCAACCACCACCCUGCAGCUGCUGCCGCCGCCGCCCUGACCACCGAGGCUCCGGCAGUCGGAAUCGUUUCUUCAUUCGCCGCCCCGACAACGCCGUCUCCUACGCCUACCCCGGAAAGCGAUGCGCCGGUGGCGGUGGUGGCUACAUCGGCGGCCGAGGUGCUCCCGUGCAGGGAAAUGGCGACGGUGUUCGAGGAGGAGGUGAAGCCGGCGGCAGCGGCCGCGGCGGCGCGGGCCGCCUUGGGCAAGGCACGCGCGCCGAGGCGGAGCAGGUCGGAGAAGAUGAGCCCGCGCGGCGUCAGCGGAUCCCGGCGCGCUGCGUCCCCGGAGCAUCAGCUGAUGAUGCCGGUGAUGCAGCGUUCGGAGUCGGAGAACGGGCGCAGGCGGCGGUCGUCGGCGUCGGCGCGGGACGUGGCGGCUUGGGCCCCCGGGACGGAGGACGCGGAGGAGUUCCGGCGGACGGUGGAGGCGUUCAUCGCGAGGCAGACGCGGUUCCGGCGCGAGGAGGAGUGCAUGGCCGGCGCGCUGGUGGUCGUGGAAUGAUGAGUGGAUCCGGUGGUGAGAACUAGUGCAGUGCUAUGUGCAAAGUACAUAUGGAACAACCUCUCGAUCGUUGAUCGAUCCAGGCCACUAGCUUAGCUA